UUGUUAUCAACAAACCCAAGGUGUAGAAGCGAUGUUUGUGCCGGCGUUGGGAAAGUGGUGUUCGUGUUAAUGACAGCAGCGAAAAUUUUAGGGACAACUCAUAAAAAGUUAUUUAUUACUUGCCCAUCACGGCGUGUAAAGAGCAAAAAAUGGAAUCUCCGGAAAGCGAGAAUUCGGAACAAGCUACCGAAGCUGAUCAGGAGACCAAUUUAAGACAUCGAAAGCUUCUUACGUGUGCUAAAAAGACAAUUGAAAAUGCAUCUUUACUCUUGCGGAGGAAGAUACCAUGUACAGGUCAUUUGAUGACACCACGCCGAUUAUGGAUUCAGACAAUACCUACACAGGAAUGUGAUGUAGUGCUGAUGUUCCCACCUGGGGCUCAGGAUUUUACAUUAAUGUGGCUCUUAUCUCGUCUGCGUGCUGGAACUCCUGGUUUAGUGGUGCAUGUCCGACACCAUGCAUCUUCUGACAGUUAUGGCUUUUAUCUUACUGCUCCUUUCCCUGUUUUGUUGAAGGCAGCAGAGGAACUUCAUCUUCCAAAAACACUGAAAUCAGAAUUUGGAGGUGGGCUAAAGGAAUUUGUGCAGCAAGAGGCAGCUUGUUUUGAAGGGACGGACAAUGAAUCCACUUUCUUCACAACACAAGAGAGGCAGUGGCUGGUUCUGCACCUGCUUCAGACAUUGAGGGCAGCUCCUGGUGAUCAACUUGGAGGGCUCAAGUUGAUUGAGGGACAGGCAAUAGUGCCAAAAUGCUUGUCUGCUGGAAUCAUCUCCCAAGUCUUCCCACUUCAUGAUCUUCCAUCACUCCAGAAGCUACAGAAGUCAUGGGUUCGUGACUUCUUUCGCAAGCAACCUUUGGAUGAUAUCUGCAAUUACUUUGGAGUAAAGAUCACAAUGUACUUUGCAUGGCUGGGUCACUACACCACAGCCCUCAUUGUGCCUGCAGUGGUGGGGUUAAUUUUCUGGGUUUGCUUCUGUGGCCACAAUCAGGCAGUUGAAGAUGUUGGAUAUGUCCUCUUCUCAUUUUUUAAUGUUCUCUGGGCAAGUGUGUAUGUUGAAACAUGGAAGCGGUACAGUGCAGAGCUUGCAUACCGUUGGGGUACUUUGGAUCAGCGUGAUGAGCUCUUGGUUGAACCUAGACCUCUGUUUAGUGGUACUCUUGAAGUAAGUCCUGUGACAGGGCGACUAGAACCAGUAUAUCCAGCAUGGAAAAGGAAUGUUUUUCGAUACUUUGUCAGUAUGCCCAUCAUACUGCUCUGCCUGGCUGUUGUCUUCGUCAUUAUGAUUGUGACACUACAAUUCCAGGAUUGGUGGGACCACUUCAUAACAGACAGAGGCUAUAUGUUUUGUCUAAGCUACUUGCCCAAAAUAUUUCUUGCUGUUGUUAUAACAUUGUUGGAUGAAGCUUACUAUAAAGUAGCUUGUUGGCUGAAUGACAAAGAAAACUACAGGCUUGAUACGAAGUAUGAAAAUCAUCUAAUCGUCAAAGUAGCAUUGUUUCAGUUUGUGAAUUCCUUCCUGUCGCUAUUUUAUAUAGCAUUUUAUCUUCAAGAUCAAGAGAAACUGAAAGAGCAACUGGCUGCCCUUCUGAUAGCGAGACAAGUUAUUGGUAAUCUUAAAGAAUCAGCAUUACCAUAUUUAUUGGAGCAAUUACGCCUGGCAAAACUUAGUUUUGAUCUCUUUGGCGCCCUGAGCCCUUCAGAGGCUAAGAAAGAUCUUUCAAAAGAACCUCAAGUAACAGCAGAUGAUGGGACAACUACAAAUAAAACAGGAAAUAGGAACAUAAGUCAAGCAGAACUAGAGAGUUCACUUUUCAAGUAUGAUGGAACAUUUGCAGAUCAUCUGGAAAUGUUUAUACAGUUGGGUUAUGUUGUUUUAUUUUCAUCUGCGUUCCCUAUGGCUGCCUUCUGUGCUCUGCUGAACAAUUUGAUCGAGAUCCGUAGUGAUGCAUUCAAAUUGUGCUUUAUAUUUCAAAGACCAUUUGGUCAGAGAGUGUCAAACAUUGGUACUUGGCAGAAUGCCAUGGAGGUAAUGUGCUUAAUUGCUGUCUUAGUCAACUGUGCCCUUAUUGGACUCUCUGGUCAAGUACACAGAAUGUUUCCAGAAAUGUCUACAACACAGACAAUUUUGCUCAUAGUUGCACUUGAGCACAUCAUGUUAAUACUGCGAUUCCUAAUAAGCUGUGCUAUCCCUGAUGUCCCUGAAUGGGUUGCUACAGAGAUGGCAAAAGUUGAAUUUGCUCGUAGAGAGGCUUGUCGUCGACUGUCUUCCACAACAGCCUCCACUCCAGCACGAGAUUCAGCAGUCAGUGCACCGAGCACCGUCAUUGGCCGUUUUGUAGUUUCCCCAGCAAAUGAUGAAAACAAGGAAAUGGAUCAGGAAGGAACUGUUGAGGAGACUGAAGCUGCAGAAACUGGGCAUCAGUUUACCGAGAUUGCUGCAAAAGCUGUUCCAGAUGGAAGUGCUGCUUCUGCAGGAACACCUGAUAGUUUACCAUCCCCUACUUUGCCCAAAAGUAUGAACAAGAGGGCAUCACCUCAUGAGUGGUUAUCCCCUGAAGGGGAACCACUCGGGUAUCACCUUACCAUAGGGCCUCACGGAGUGGACUGGGUUCGACAUCUUGGUCUUGAAGGAAGUAGAAAAUCCUGUGAUUCAGAGACUGUAGCAGGUGGAUCAGGUGAAAAUCUAGCAACUCACCGGAGCACUGACUGCAUAGUGACACCUAAAGAACUUACUGCGUCCUCUGAUUCCGAUCUUCUACGUUCUGCCCCUCCUUGGGCAUCCACUCAUCCUCGCCCCAAAUUCCGCUUUUCCCCAGAAAAGUCUGAACAGAAGGAAAUGUCUUUAUCAGAUAGUAGCCGCACUGUGUCAAGUCAGGAGGGAGAUGAGACUGUGGUAAAACCUGAAGAAGCAGCAGCUGCGAAGAAAACUAGAGUGAAACAGAGUCUGAUGAAAAGGGCUCGUAGUGUAGCAAUCUUCUCUCUCAAGCUCAAGGAAAGACGAGCUGCUAGAGAAGCGAAGGAAGCAGAAAUGAGAGCAAAGGAGAAGUGGACACCACCUGCCACUGUUGGAGGAGAACUGUCUUGUAUUCCCAUAGAAAAACUCAUCUCAGUGGAUGAUGUUGCUGUCGAUCUCCAAAGACGCAAAAAUCAGAAUUCUGGAAAUAUGUAGCGCCUACUUCCAUCAUCUUCAUUGUUUGUAUGGUACUUAUGUCAUCAGUUUUAAUUUAGUCUCUCCUGUUGAGUACUUCCUAUAGAUGAAACUUACUGUAACUUAAUGUAUGUAGUCUUUACUGCUCUAUAAACUUGUCUAUAUUUCAGUUGGUAUGAUCGUACAGUCCAUACAUACAGAUAGAAUGGUGUCUGUGUUGUAUCUACCCCAUAUGCUGUACAAUAAUCUUUCAGUGUGCUUCACAUUGUUGUAUAUUUAAAAGAAAAGAAAAGUGUUACAAAAUAUUAGUUAAAUUAUGUGAACAUUAGAAAAUGCUUUUAUGUCUCAAAUGUAAUGAGUUAUUUAUUUGUUUGACCGAAGAGACACAAAGUAAAAUAUAUUCCAGAACAGAUUUUCAGUAAAACUGUCAAAUAGCUCCAUUGAGCUGUAAUAGUAUGUGAAUUGUUUUCAUUUUUCCAUGUGUGGGUAGAGGUAAAAGUAUCAUCAGCGUGUAGCCUGCCAUUGUCAAAGUGCUGUGUAUGUGAGUGAGAAGCAGUGUAAAGCACAAGAGUAUUAGAUACUGUAUUAUGUUUUGUGCUGUAUGGUUUUUCCUCAUUUCUUGCUAUUAGGUAAUAGUUUCAUGAAAUAGUUGACGUUUACCGUUCGUUGCCAAGUGCCUACUGCAGUAUGGAAUUUAGUUUGUUGAGGUGAAGUAUAAAUGUAUAAAUACUCAAGUGUACUUAGAUUCAUUACACAUAUACUUAUUCAUACAUUCCAUUAUCAAUGUGAAAUGUGCAAGUUAUUUAUAUACAGUGACUCCUAAAUUAAGCAUGAUAUAAUUUUGUUUAUAAUUGCAAAUCGUGUUUCUAAAAUUUUAAAAUUUUUUUACUGUGAAAAAUGUCUCGUUAAUAACUGCAUUGAAUAAAGAAGACUUUUAAAAUAAUGAUCCUAAAAGCUAUUUUCUUACAUGAGCGAAAAUACUUUUGUAAUACACAAAGGUUUUGUUGAAAAUGCUAUAAAUGUUUUUCCUUUUCAUAAGUACAAUUCAUAUUUAUUUUAUAUUUAAGAUUCUGUGAAAUUGCAAAUAUUUUUAUGAAUAAUCAUCUCAUCAUUGAAACCAUCCAGCACAUAAUUCCUGCAUAUAUAUUUAACUACAGUAAAGCAAAAAAAUAUUUUGAUCAUAACGUAAGGUCUUAGUAACCCUUUUAGACAUAUCCGACAUGAGCAAACGAUUUAGAAUAACAAAGUGGUGUAAUUUAAGAUGCACACAUUCAACAAUUGAAUGCAGUGAUCAAAGUAUGAGUCUGCUGCAGUGUUCACAUUUUGUUGUAAUAUGUUAUAUUUUGGAA